AUGGGGACAAGAGGACAAUCGAGUGCAAUGGGCCAAGAGGCAAGAGACCCAAGGCUUGAUGCGGUCAUUCAGACGCUGCAGGAAAUAGGGAAUUUGAUGGGAAGGCAGGCUCAAGAGAGGGCCGCCAAUAUUGCCCAAGUUGCUGAGGCCGCAGCGACUGCUACUGUUAAUGGGAACCAGGCCCAUCAAGGGCAGGCUCAGGUGGUCGUGAAUAGGCAAAUGCACCAACUGUUGGAACAAUUCCUAAAGUUAAAGCCGCCGAAGUUCGACGGAAAGGGUGACCCCGAGGCCGCGCCACGUUGGGUGGAAGAGUUGGAGAAGGCCUUCGAAGUUCUGGGUUGCACCGAGGCCGAGAAGGUGACCUUGGCCGUGUAUCAGUUGCAGGAGAAUGCCAAUGACUGGUGGAAGGCCACCAGGGGAAGAGUGUUACCCGAGGGUACUGCCCAGACUUGGGCCGUGUUUAGUGAGAACUUCUAUGGAAAAUACUUCUCUGAGAGUGCCAGGGAAAGGAAACUAACAGAGUUUAUGAGACUCCGCCAAGGACAGAUGACUAUAGACCAGUAUGAGGCGGAAUUCGCAAGGCUGUCGAAGUUCGUGCCUAGGAUGGUUGAGGACCCACAGGAUAAGGUCCGAAGGUUCUGGGAUGGGCUGAAGCGGACCUUCAAAGCCAGAUGA